AUGGAAAAUAAUCCUUUUAGUUCACCGAAACCUGGACCAUCAUCUGCCAUUGAUCCAUUAGACGUAGAGUUAUCUUUAUUGUUGUCUCCAGUUGAAUUCGAGACAUACGAUAUUCCAGAUUUAAAUUUUGAAAUUGGCGACGAUGAGCUUUAUGGGAUUUUAACCGAAAGCAACGAUAGCAUUCUCGACGAAUGGACAAACGAAAAAUAUGAUGAAGCAAAUAUUGAUGCUGCUUUGCAAGACGCGGACUCACGGAAUGAAGUAGAAAACUCACAGGAAGACAAUUCACCAGACGAAUCAAGCAGUUGGUUUCCAGGCAAUCCCGACUCUAUGGUGGAGUUACCUUUUACUGGAACAAGUGGAAUACUGACGCCACAUCAAAUGGCAGAAAAAACUCCAUUGGAUUAUUUCUUUUUAUUUUUAAAUGGACAGAUUAUAGAUCUGAUUAUUAACUGUACAAAUAAGAACGGGAAUAAACUUAAAUCAGCAGCGGUCGCUACACACUCACGAUUUACAAGAUGGGCCGACAUAACUUUAAUUGAAUUUAGAUGUUUUUUAGGUAUUUUGCUAUUAAUGGGAACUAUAAAACUAAACAGAAUGGCCGACUAUUGGUCCAAUCAUUAUUUAUUUUGUUUAAGUCCACGACAAUUUAUGUCCAGAGACAAAUUUUAUUUAAUUUUGAGAGCUCUGAGUGUGCAGCGAAAUGAAAGAAAUGAAAGCCUAUUUAAAGUAAAAGAUUUAAUUGACCUUUUUAAUGAUUCCAUCAAUGCGAUAUAUUAUCCGGUGAAAGAACUGACAAUAGAUGAGUCAUUGAUCUUAUGGAAAGGGCGACUCGCUUUUCGCCAAUAUUUAAAGGGGAAAGCACAUAAAUACGGUGUUAAACUAUAUAUUUUAGCCGACGCCAAUGGUAUCAUACUCAAAAUACAUGUUUAUGCCGGAUCGAAAGAUCAACUUGUAGGUGGUCGAAACCACGUUAAAAAAGUAAUUAAGUUGCUUAUGCAAAAGUAUCUCGACAAAGGACAUGCCCUAUACUUAGACAAUUUUUAUACCAGCGUAGGAAUAGCUGACGAAUUACUUGAUAAGAAUACAUACGUGACCGGUACCCUACGACCAAAUCGGGUGGGAAAUCCUGCGUUAGUGAAAAAUACUCCAUUAUCAUUAGGGGAGUCAUGCAUAGCACACAAUAACAAAAAAAUUGUUGUAACAAAAUGGAAAGACAAGCGCGAAAUUUUGUUUAUAAGCACAGAACAUAAAAGUAAUUAUGAAGGGACUACUAGUCGCCGCGUCCGUACUGUUAAAUUUAAGCCCGCCGUGCAGGCACGAUACAAUAAAUACAUGCGAGCAAUAGACAGACACGACCAGCUACUUAGUUACUAUUGUUGCGAACACAAGACCCUGCGCUGGUAUAAAAAAGUCAUAAUACACAUCAUUCAAAUAUGUCUCGUGAAUGGAUGA